CAUGCUUAUUCUAAACUUCCCAAUAACCAAACUCUUCAAUAUUCUAUGGGUCUGUCAUAUUAGGAAUGUUGGAAAGGUGCAGAAACUCUAAGCAGAAACUCUUAGUUGCGUAAAAAUCAUAAAUCAUAAUCAUAUACCAGAAAUCAUACACUAAAUAAAUAAAUCAUAAAUCAUAAAAGGGAGUAAAAUAAACGUGACUGAAGAUAAUUUAUGUAUGGCUGUAUGAGCAUAACGCUAUAUUUAUUGGUAGUUUACGUGAUAAGACAGCAUGAUUAUGCUAAGUACAUGAGCAUAUUCAGUAUAAUACCACAAUUACUGCAGUAACCAAAACGCAUCCACAAAUCAAGGUUUUCCUACACUUGAUAGGAGAGAAAAUAAGCAGAAGUCGGAACAGCUUACUAAACGUAAGUGAAACUUGACGACUAAAUAGCAUACAGGACACUUCGUUUACAUACAUAAACUUGCAUAAAAAGGACGAAAAUUUCAGGUAAAUCGAGUGACAGAACAAACGCACUUCGAUGAUGAAUCCAAUUUUAAGCAUCAGUUUUGUCCUGAUGUGUACAGCUGUUUGUGCAACUGUAGCAGAGGAGAGUGCCUGUUUAGGGGAGGACACCAGGUGUUUAAACCAGACAUGUGGAGAAGACAAAAAAUGUCCAAAUACAUUUACGUGUAGAAAAGGCAUUUGCUGUCGGUUCAAGACAUACCGAGAUUGUGGAGCCAUCAUGAGACAUGCGUGCAAAAACAUCCCAAAGAAGUGUCGAGGAGGAGGUUCAGAAAGCUGUCCCGAAUCGACAAAAUGUUACCAGGCAAAAUCUAAUCUCUUUAGUAUGUGCUGUCCUAUUAAUGCAUCAUGUACAGAUGAGACCGGUGUUGACCACAGCCCGACAGAUGAACCAUGGAUAAGUAAUUACGAUAAAUGCAGUAAAUGUCAAUGUCUCAAGAAUGGAAUGAUAAAAUGCAAAUCCAGAAGGAAAACUUGUCACCGCUGUGAGGUCACCAUCGAUGGAUCUGUGAAACGAUUUAAAAGAGGGGAAGUUUAUUGGAAAAACUGCAAAAAAUUUACGUGUAUAUCUCCGAAUCGCAGUGUUGCUGUGGGACCUUGUGGAAGUGGUAAAAAAGGUCCUCCUGUGUUUACCCCCCUUGCAACGACGAGGGGAGGAUGCAUCAGACAGGCUCGAAUAACAAUCUGUUACUACUCUGCCAGUGUGGUUGGCCAUAGAGCAGAAUGCUCCAAUGCUGUCGACCAUGAAAUAGAGAUCAUUACCAGUGCAACACACAGAGAUGCUUGCCCAAAACCAGGAAAACGCAUCUCAGAAGGUACCAGUGUUAUUAUAGGUGGAAAUAAGGUGUCACCGGAAUUUAACUACAAAUGGAUGGUACAUUUGGAUUUACCAACGGGAAGAUGUGGGGGCUCCAUUAUCAGUCCUCGGCAUAUUCUGACUGCGGCUCACUGUGUCGAUAUGAGAAAUGGAGAAAUAUUUACUGUAUAUACAGGGAAGCACAAUCUUGCAGUGGAUGAGCCAUUUCAGCAAAAUCGUACAGUUACUGUGACCCGGGGCUCAAAUGUUAUCAUCCAUGAAGGGUACAACAAAACCACAUUAAAUAAUGACAUUGCUAUUAUAGUCGUUGGACCUCCUUUAUUGUUCAACGAAGUCACCCAGCCCAUAAGUCUUCCAAGCAGUCAUGACCUUGAACAAGACUCUUUCUGUGCAGUCAUAGGCUGGGGCGUAGCUUCGGAAAGAUCAAUUACAGAAUCAAACUCUGGUAUUAAUCCUGGUGCCACUCCUCAUUCUAAUGUCUUGUUAGAGGCUCCAUUGAACAACUUUGAGUGUGAUAUACCAUCAAAUCCAGGUGCUAGAAGUGUCAAUACAGAAACAAUGUUUUGUGCAAGCGAUUUCCCCAAGAACGCUAGAAAGAGGAAGGAUUCUUGUAAAGGAGAUUC